CAGCCCUCUGAUACGUCAAUCACACUCGAAAUCAGGUGUAAACCCAAAUCAACUGCACUGCCACGGCGACAAAGUGUCGAAAUCACAUCGACGGAUAGGAAGGAAGCUUCACACUUUCGACACGGCCGGACUGAAUUUUGCAACGGAAAUGAUGGCCAGAUAAAAAGGACUGGGGCCAAUCAGUCAACGCGCCACUCAGCGGAGCGUGAAUGGCAAUUGCCGAUAUCCACACAUUAAAUUAAUAACAUCGACUCCCAAUCGGGAUUCUUAUCGCCGUCGCCGUCGCCAGGACACGCCAUUUGCUCCAGUUCAGUUGACAUUUGGUUAUGGCUCCAACCGGCAGUGAGAACUGGUCGCGAUUCCUGCUGCUCCUGGUGUACCGCGUAGCCCGACUCCUGUCAGUGUUAUCCUCGACCUUGGACAGGGAGAAACUGCAGCUUAAGCGCCCGAAGAGCGGCAGCUCCAUCAAGCUCUUCAGCAUCAUCUGGCGAUGUCUGGUGGUUCUCAUCUACGCCUCCGUAUGGCCGGCACUCUCCGCUCACCUUGUGGAGUCGAAACCGGAGAGCUACGCGGAACUGUUUGCCGCCAUCCAGGCAGCAUCGGUUUCCGUCUUGGCCGUGGUCUCCUUCAUCAUCCAGGCCAGUGGCGAGUCCCAGUUCCGGGAUGUGCUCAAUCGAUACCUAAGCCUCUAUGAAAGAAUAUGGUCGGCGACUCGAUUGCCGCACCUGUUCCCGACGAAGUUUGUAGUGUUCUUCCUCCUGAAGACGCUCGUCACCGUGGUCGGUUGCUUUCACGAACUGUAUCCCAUGCUGAACGCGAAGCACUUUACGGAAAUCGUGGCUGCCGUGGCCGUCAUCUUCGGCAUCUACAUGUGGCUGGGCACGCUCUUCGUCCUGGACGUCUGCUUCCUGGGAUUCCUGGUCUCCGGCAUCCUGUACGAGCACAUGGCGAACAACAUCUCGGUCAUGCUGGAACGGAUGCAGAUCAUAGACUCCCGGGAGGAGAAGGACCGCAUGAGCAAGUAUCGCAAAAUGCGACUCCUGUGCGACUACGCCGACGAGCUGGACGAGCUUGCGAUGAUCUACAGUGAACUCUACGCCGUGACGAUCGCAUUCAGGCGCAUGCUGCAGUGGCAGAUACUGUUCUGCAUCUACUACAACUUCAUCAACAUCUGUCUGAUGCUCUAUCAGUGCAUCUUCCGGUAUCUGAAGGACGACGAGUCGGCCCUGAUUUCCCUGGCCAUGGCCUUUGUGAAAAUGGCCAACCUCGUCCUGCUGAUCAUGUGCGCGGACUACGCCGUGGGGGAGUCGCAGAAGCCAAAGGUGUUUCCACUGGACGUGGUCUGUACUGACAUCGAUCAGCGGUGGGACAAGAGUGUAGAAACUUUUCUCUGCCAGCUGCAGACACAGCAGCUCGAGAUUAAGGUAUUGGGCUUUUUUCAUUUGAACAAUGAGUUCAUCCUGGUUAUUUUGUCUGCCGUGGUGACAUACCUCUUCAUAAUGAUUCAGUUCGGAAUCACAGGUGGGUUCGAGGCAUCCGAGGAGAUACGAAAGCAGUUCGAGGCCCAGUAAUGGCUGGAGUUCUUUAAUAAAUAUGUGUGUAAUCUAGCA